AGUCAGAACUGUGAUUCUCUGAAACUGGACAACAUGAACAGUUCCUCUCUAUCUGGUGACACUGACGCAGAGCAGGAUGGUUGGUCGACUGCAGGGAGCACUGCUGCCUGUGUGAUCCUGGCCGUGUGUUUUCUAGUGGGCACCCCGGGGAACCUGCUGGUGGUGUGGACCAUCCUGAAGCAUGUAAAACAGCGUUCACACACGGUGCUGCUCAUCCUUCAUCUGUCCAUUGCAGACCUUCUGGUGCUGAUCACCUUACCGCUGUGGAUCUACUCGCUGGCCCGGUCCUGGGUGUUCGGAAAGGCUGCCUGUAAAGCCAUGGUCUACAUCAUCUAUUCCUGCAUGUACAGCAGCGUCUUCAUCAUCACCAUCAUGAGUGUGGAGCGAUUCCUGGCUAUCAGGUACCCAUUCAAGAUGCUGUCCUGGAAAAAUGAGACGGCCAUGUUCAGACUACUGCUAGUGACCUGGAUCCUGUCAUUAAUUUUGGGGAUUCCAGUCAUCCUGACCCAGUCUUUAGAUGAUGAGGAUGAUGGCACAGGACACUGCCUGCACCGGGUCUACAACUCCUUGUCUUUUGAAGUCUUUUGUAUGUGUUUGGAGACUCUUCUUGGCUUUGUCAUUCCAUUUUUUACACUUGCGAUCUGUUACUGCCAAGUUGCCGCACAGCUCCGAAAGGUGCGCUUCAGGGCCAAGAAGAAAUCCGUUUUCCUCAUUGGUGGAGUGGUCGUGGCCUUCAUUUUGUGUUGGCUACCUCAUCAUGUCCUUAAUGUAAUAAGUCUGGUGGAUAUUCUAAGAGGAGAAUCAGAAGAAGCAUCUGCUAUAUCAGAUAGCGCUAUCUUCAUUUUUGGAUCUCUUGCUUUUAUAAGUAGCUCAGUCAACCCUGUGUUGUACGCUUUUGCUUCCAGAACCUUCCAUGGAAGUCUGAAGAAGGCAGGGAUAGUGAAGCUGUUUCAAGACUUAGGAACACAAACACUUCAAAUGAAAGAAGAGGCCUUGCAGGGUGGUGGACCGCAGGAUGGAAAUAACCUGGAAAGUCCUGUUGAUGAACAGUAGUUAGAAGUUUGGAUAUAUUUGAAAUUGUCAAAUUUUUCAGAUUACAUAUAUUUGGUUUUCUUUUUAGGUAAAUAAUUGUUUGUUCGAAAUGGUCAAAAUGGCUUGCAUCUUAAAUGGCUAAAGCUAGUCAGAUGCCAUUAUAUCAUGAUUUAGUUUUUUGUAAUCGACAAUGUUGAAGUGUUAUAUUUUACACCUUUGUGCAUGUUCUUUAACUGCCACAAUAUAUGUUAUAAUUAAUGUUGUUUAAAUGACAUGAUGUUUUGUUUUUUCAUAGUUAAAGGAUUUUAGAUGUCAAAUAUUAUUUCAUAUCUUUGUGAUCAGUUUUGUUCAUUUACAAUAUUACAUGAUUUUAUGAAAGUUGUUUAAAUGCCAUAUUAAAUCUGUAUAU